AUGGCCGCCAUGUUUAGUAACGUCCGCCCUGCCGGGCCAGCUUCCGGACAUAUCGUUGAGUUCAAGGCUGGUCGUUCGCGUCUCGAGGCGGGAUCUUCUGAAAGUAUGCGUCGUGUGAUUGCCGAGCCUACAAAAGGACUCGUGUACAUCAAACAGAGCAAUGACCAGCUCAUGCACUUCUGCUGGAAGGACCGCGAAACUGGGGCUCAGGUCGACGACCUCAUCAUCUUCCCGGAUGAUGCAGAGUUCAAGGCCGUCACUGGAUGCACGGACGGAAAAGUCUACAUGCUCAAAUUCAAAUCUUCUGGAGAAAUGAAGCUAUUUUGGCUUCAGGAUUCCGCUCCCGAUGUCGACAAGGACAUUGUCAAAAAAGUGAAUGACGCCCUCAAUAAGCCACCAACUUCCCGUCCCUCGGCUUCGCGUUCCACUGCUUCCAACUCCAAUGCGGAGCGACCAUCCGCCGGAGGCUCUCUUGCUGCAUCGUCGGAUUUCAAUGCUCCAUUGGGAGGAUUGGAUCAAAGCCAACUUAUGUCUCUUAUUCAAUCUUUGCAGGUAACAUAAAGCUGUCGUUCAUAAAAUUAUCCAGUAUUUCUUCAGGGCGGUAACAGCAGCGAUGCCUUGCCCGCACCACAGGCGGCGGCUGCUGCUGAGAAUGCUGAGGCGGACUGUGAACCUCCCGCAGCUGCCAGCGGAAGUAGCGGUCAAAGCAGUUCUGGUGGCGAGGGGAAACUUGUGCUGAAUUCGCAGAUUCAAUCGAUAAUCAACAACUUCGGCCGUCAGAAGAAAGACGUCAGCGUCUCCCUUGGAGAAGCGCUUUCGAAUGACGCGGUUGCCGAAGUUGUUCGCGAACAUGCCGAGGAACUCACUCCACUUCUUCCACAAACCGGAGAAGAGGAACUGUCUCGUACAGUCAAAACUCCGCAGUUCAGACAGGCUGCUGACACCCUCGGACACGCUCUCCAGACCGGACAACUGGGACCAGUUCUCGAGCAGUUUGGAAUGAACGAAGAGACUGUGCAGGCAGCCGCCAAUGGAGACAUUCGCGGAUUCGCUCGCAAUUUGACAAAAGCUGAAGGAGGAUCGCAACCUGGAGAGCCGUCGAAAACACGUAAGUGAAAACGGAAACCCCGCUUAGAACCCAAAUAACUGACCUGAUGUUCGUUCAGCGCAGUCCGUUAACACGCUCUGCCGGAAAGCAGUGAUGCCGUCCGCCUAUCUCGGCUUCUUUUCCCCCUCAAUUGCGGCGACGGUGUCCCGGCUAGGUACGGCGCAUUCAAUUUUAUCGCUGACUUGUUUAUGGUAUCGUGCUCUACUUUCCUUUCUGUCACUGAGCUAACCUUCUUGCGCGCGACUUUGCAAUUAAUUUUAGCCGGCUGCUAGGUUUCCGAUAAUGCCUGUUCUGUGCUGUUAUCUCAACAGGCCACAAAUAAUUUCUUGUCAGCAUCUUCAGAAAACUCCGAUGAAGAUGUUGCACGUGAACCGGAACCGAAGCGAAACCGCCCCGAUCUCGAUGAUAUGGACUGCGAUUAA